GGUCAAAACGAGAUGUUUGUCUGUCAUUUUAUUUUAGGGUGAGAAAACACCAAAUAAAACAUCUAAAAUAUUGUUAAUAUUUGAGUUAUUUUUUUUAAUGGGUGAAAAUAAUAAAUAACAUGGAGGUCAGAUCAGUUGGGCCCGGUUUAGACAAUUUAUUGGGCCUAUAAGCCCAAAACAUUAUCAAAGCCCGAUUUUGUUCCUCUGUUUCCUGCACAGGCGUCGUCGAGAUCAUUGAUCAAACCCAAAAUCCUAAUCGGAAUCGUGACGUUCGGAGGAGUAUCGCCAUGGAUAGAGAUUUGGAGUUGGAUGAGGCGGCUCCACCGACUACUGUCCGCCACAUUAAGAAGAGAGCUCUCAAGGACCAAAGGCUCACUGUCUCCUUCAACGAGAAAGAUCUAAGACACGAGCUGGGCAUUUUGUAGUUGGUAUUUGUCAGCGAAGUCAGAUAUGAUCCGCGCAUGUUGUUGUUGUUGUUGUUGCUUUAAUUGGAAAUCGAAGUCAGACAUGGGCUGGAUAUUCUGCCAUUGGUAUUUGGCUGUGAAGAUUCUGAUGAAGAUGGAUGAUCUAGUGUUUUCGGAUUCUUGUGAUUUAGGGAUUUUAUGGAUGGUUCUGCGCAAAGAGAAAGAAGAAGAGGAGAAAGGAGACACGUAUACAGGCGCGUAAAAAGAAGGGAAUAUAAGAGGCAUCUAUACGAGAGGAUUUAGAUUGUACGGGUUAUUUUUUACACAAGAUCGUUGUUUUCAAGAUAUGAGGAUGGUCGGAUUUCGGUUCAGAUCUGUCCUUUUGUUAGGAAUAAUGGUUGUUUGCUCGGUUACGUUGGUCCAAAGUUGGAGUAAGGAAGGUCAUAUUCUGACAUGCCGAAUCGCCCAGAAUCUUCUGGAAUCUGGACCGGCUCAUGCAGUAGAGAAUCUAUUACCAGAUUAUGUGAAGGGAGACUUGUCAGCUCUGUGUGUGUGGCCUGACCAAAUCAGACAUUGGCAUAAGUAUCUUUGGACAAGUUCUCUUCAUUUCAUUGACACACCCGAUAAGGCUUGCACUUACAAAUACUCGAGGGAUUGUCAUGAUCAGCAUGGAUUGGAGGACAUGUGUGUGGAUGGUGCCAUCCAGAAUUUCACCUCUCAGCUUCUGCACUACGGUGAAGGAACAUCUGAUCGUCGACAUAACAUGACAGAGGCCCUUUUGUUCUUGUCACAUUUCAUGGGAGACAUUCAUCAGCCGAUGCAUGUGGGGUUCACAAGUGACGAAGGAGGAAACGCCGUUGAGUUACGGUGGUUUAGGCACAAAUCGAACCUGCAUCAUGUAUGGGACAGAGAGAUCAUCCUCACGGCUUUGGCAGACUAUUACGACAAGAACUUGGACCUCCUCCAAGAAGACAUUGAGAAAAACAUCACCGAUGGAAUAUGGUACGACGAUCUAUCAUCAUGGAAAGAAUGCGACGAUCUCCUCUCUUGCCCGCACAAGUACGCGGUGGAGAGUAUAAACAUAGCUUGUGAAUGGGGUUACAAAGGAGUGAAGUCCGGUGACACGUUGUCGGCUGAAUAUUUCAAAACAAGAAUGCCAAUAGUGAUGAAGAGAGUAGCUCAAGGGGGAGUGAGACUAGCAAUGGUUCUAAACCGGCUUUUUGGCGAGGAGCCUCAUGUCGGCGUUGCAGCCACUUGAUCCCAACAAACAUUUAAUCUAAUUUAAGGGGAUUUGUUUGGUUAAUUAUAAUUAACUCGACACUAAUCACUCUUUUUCUUUUCAAAAUAAACAAGCUUAACUAUAUAUAAACAAGAUUACAAAUCUUUAAUUUCGGAACAUCUGUCUCUCACAUAACAAAAAAAAAUAUAUAUAUGUCUAAGGAAAAUGAGGGGAAGAAGCUUUGGGGCCAUGAAGGUGUCGAGUGGAAGAAAACAUAGAGGCGAAGGAGUGCGCAAAACAAAGGACGAUGGCCACUUUCACUUGCCCUCUCUUCGGGAUCGGACGGCUGAUGUUGCUUCCAUCCCUCCUCCUGCGAUCUCCGCCGUUGAUCAUGCUGACUUUUCUUCUCCCUCCCAUUACUCUCUCUUGUUGACUUCUGAGAUGGUCCAGAGCUAUAAGCCUUUAUUCAAUCUCGUCUCUCUAUAUA